AUGUGUUCGUUUGUUCUACAAGGCACAAACUGCACAGUUUAUUAGCUCGCGCCAGUUGCGUAAUACGCCUUCUCUAUGGUGACCGGAACUAACAGUUCCGAUCCUGUUCAGUAUCCACGAUAGAAAAUGAACGUGUAAAACAUGCAGAAGCUCAUAUUGUCGUAGAACUUCCAUAACUCUCUCACGUUUCACUAAUAAAUUAUUGCCUUUUUUUCAAAAACGUUUACCGAAUCACCUCGUUUUUUGUGCAACAGCCGAAUUACUUCGAUUCAUUGUUUACUUUCUCACAUUGGUCCUGUUUAUUACUUCUACAUAAUAUAUCUUGCGUGACAGGCGACUUCUUUUCUUUCCAAUGGACGCAAGCUGUAGUUGCCGUUGGCUCGGCGAACCGCUCGGCGAGCCCACAUCGUCGCUACCACUUGAGCACCGUCCAAUCGCCCGCUCUCCUUUCGAGCGACAGUUCUAGCAGACAAAAUCAUUGCGGCUCCCUAGGCGGCCAUGUUGCUUGUUUACAUGUUCGUUUGUUACUUCAACUGACAAAGGUUCAUCAAAUAGCAGAAAACUGUCCGCAUACAGAAACACUGUCGCAGUGCAACGAGAAGAGUGAGCAGCAGAGAUCAACAGAUCGAGCAGCAGCAGCAGCAGCAGCGGGCUUAGCAGAACGACUUCUUGUCGGCUCGAAUUAUCGGUUUCAGAAAAAAUAGAGGCAGUGUGUCGGUGGAGAAGGGCACCAGUGGCCGAUGGUGUGGCUGUGCUCUAUCGACGAGUGAGUGUUACUGAGGGUAGAAAAGGAAGGUGCGAUUUUUAGCGGCGGGUGGUCGCGUGUAUUGCGUUCUACGUUAGCGCCUCAGAGCAUAGAAACCAUCGACAGUAGCGAUAGCAUAGUUGGGGACGUGUGAUUUAGGAUGAAAAACGAGCGAAUUCUAGCUGAGUUGCCCGCCGCCGCCGCCGGUGCCGCCGCCGCCGCCGCCGCGGCUGCCACAGCUGAGAACGACCACGGAGUUUUUCCUGAUUUUAUUUUGCGGCUGACUGUUUAUUGCGCCGAGUUCAAAUAAAGUUGUUUCGUCAAAGGGCUGUGCGUGUCUGAGUGAACGUAAGUGUCGCGUGUCUGUGUUGUGAGCAGUAACAGCACAGAGAGAGGGUUUACCGGGCUGCAACGGACCAGCUAAUGAGGAGAGUAACGGCCUGUUUGCCUAGCAGCUCGGCUACAACUAUUACCACUACAAUUACUGCUACUACUGAAGCUUUCCUGUCUGUGUGCAAAAGCUGUUGUGUAUCUUUACAACGAGAAGGAUAUACUUUGAUGAGCAGCCUAUUUAGUAUCUGCGUUUGACUUUCGCUGCGUAUGUGUCCUGUGUGACUCUUGAAUCUGCUGAUUGCAUGUUGUCUCUGUUACUACUGUAUAGGGGCUGUUCCCUGUGGUGAAGCGAUGACGGUGCCCAUCGAGGCAUCAUUUGCACGGCGGCUGUUAAACCUGUCCUCGCUACUCCAAUGGCAAACAGAGACAGACAGCCAGCAGUGGUCGUGAGCGACUGGAGCUCAGUAGGAGCUUCGAUCGCCACAUCAAGCCACGAUCAUCACAAGAGUGUUUUCUAUUACAGCUGUUACUAUCAAACUUUCGAACUGCGGCUCUGCACAGCCCAGAGGGCAGUUGUUUGUUGUCCUUUGACUGAACAGUUUGUAAAUCAGUGCCUUUGGCCUCCGGACGGCUCAGAAUAGGCCAAGUACAGGCGAGAUAGGACGAGUAAAGAAGAGAAGAACCCGGCUGCCCAAGACCAUGGAGCGGCUGCCCGAGUACCUGCGCGAGACGGUUGUGUGGCUGACCGGGCGUGGUAAGCGCAAGGAGCAAACGGAAGCGCAGCCAAAGAUUUAUCUGGAGGAUCAGGUGCUCGAGUGCACUGUCAACGAAGAGUCACUUAAGGAGCUAGUGGCACUCCCGGACGGGCUUGACUAUCAUGAAUGGCUGGCGUUCCAUACGCUGGCUUUCUUCGAGCACGUCAACAUGAUCUACGGUACGGUGGCCGAGUUUUGCACAGUGUCGGGCUGCCCCGACAUGUCAGGACCCGGAAACCGGCAAUAUCUAUGGUUUGACGAUCGUGGCAAGAAGUGCCGCUUAGCCGCACCACAAUACGUCGACUAUGCGAUGACGUUCACUCAGAACACGGUGACGAACGAAGCAUUCUUUCCUACGAAAUUCGAGGGCGAGUUCCCUGCUUCGUUUGAGUCGAUCAUCAAGAAAAUUCAUGGUCUCCUAUUAGCGGUACUGGCUCACCUGUAUCAUGGCCACUUUCGCGAAAUUCUCCUUCUCGAGCUACACGCCCAUCUGAACACUUUAUUUUCGCAUUUCACUCUGUUUAAUGCCCACUUUGGUCUCAACGACGAUGACGUUCUAAGGGAUCUCGCUAUUGCCCUUAAACUCCUGCCAAAGCCGGGUGGAAAUGGCGAUGCUACGGAAACUGACGGCACAAUAGCCGACGAUACAAGCGCUGCAACUGCCGGCUGCACAGAAGAGGAACGAUGUUCUGACAUUCCUACGUCGUUACUGUGACCAGCUGAUGCACGGUCGUUGACAAUCGCAGCAGCUGCAAUCGCCACCUGUUCGGCGAUAAGGGCGGGAUGGAGUUUGUUGCCAACUGGAAGUCGCCACCCAACAGAUAAACGGUAAUCUGCAGAAGGUGAUGAAGGUCUUCAGUGCUGAAGACAACGAACCUGAGGUGAAGAGGAAAUGAUAUUGUUUUCCCUUUUCCACCAUUGUUCGAUGUGUCCACAUUAUCAAUUAAUGUAGAACAGACACGAAUAGAUCAAAAUACCGAAAGGCACUUAGGCACAUGUGCUGAUAGCAUGAAUACGAUAUGAGAACGUGUUGAUGCACAAACAGUUGAUAUAAGACCCAUCACUGCAACUAGCUUUAGCAAAACAAAGGGUCUACAUCAAUUUUCACUAGGCGAAUAUUUAACUAAUAGGUCAAAACAGAACACUAGAAUUUUACAGAGUCAUGUAGAUUUAUGAUGCGUUCUUGGCGAGCACGUUGUCGGACAGAAGAGAUCCGCGGGGCAGAUGUUAUACGAGGGAAGGUGGGGAAGAACAGUUUGAAGGACGGUAUCUCGGAAAGACAGUGCAAAUAUAAAACAGGUAUAUAUAUAUAUACAUAUAUACAUAUAUAUAUAUAUAUAUAUAUAUAUACGUAUGGACACAAGUGACGCCAACGAAUUUCACUAGACGAAGAAUGCACAGGGUUGAGCAUGUGGGCGAGCGUGCACCCAGCAUACAAUUUCCAAAGAGCCCCAUAAGGAACGGUGCAAUGAAAGAUACAUUCUCAGUUCAAAACAGACGCACCGCCUUUGGUGGCACCACGAUCAAAACAUAGAGGUGAUACCAUUUGCAAUGCAACAAAAAAAACAAAGCACUUUCGUUCUUAGACAACAUACAAAGCAAAAAAAAGAAAAGUAGUAGGGCUUAUGAUAUGCGUAAUAUAUCCGCGUGAUUCGAUCAUGCUCUGCAUAUUUAAGAAAGUUACGGUAACAAAGAAAUAGGCAUAAAAAUCGUAGCAAAAAAAAAGAGAAAACAAAAUACAAUGACAUACUUCAUCUACGAUAUUAAGAGGCAAGCUCAAAAUUCUCUUUAAAAAUGAUACAUAUGGUAACAUCUAGGUGAUUCAUGGACGCCGAUGGCGAUGACGGGGAAAAUGCUUGCAGAGUACAUUGAUUCACAAGUAUUGCACCAGCAUAUAUAGCAUGAUGAGACCAGUCUUCGCUGGAGAUAUACUGAAACAGUGGUUUACAUUACGGAAGGGUGAACGAUUAGCUUGAAGGGCACUUAGAAGCGAGUUCCUAAGAAUAAAGGAAUAUCUAACUAAAACGACAUUCUGGUUCAGACGCAUCUCUCAACCUUUGAUAAUGGGCACUGACAAAACGUUACAUGCUUACCUCCAUCCCUUGGGAUCUCUUGCCUCAUCGAGCUAAUAGAACGCCAAAAAGAGUCAUCUGAAUGCUACUAACAUGGUUUAGUGAUAAUUUAACAAAGAAAAGUGCUUUUAGAAUGACGACUGGCGCUAGCAAGACGUCAUGUAUGUGGAUACUAACUAGCUAAGUAACCGUUUCGCAGAAACAAAUGUUCACAGAAGGCUUGACGAUUGAUAACGUACUAUUCGUAUUACGGUUAUUAGUGUUUACUACUCUUAUUGUCAUUAUUUAUUUUAUAUUAUUACUUAGUUGCACCGCCAAUCCAAACACUAUUUAUAAAAAAAAAUUCAGAGCCUGAUAGCUUAACCAACCAAGUGAAAUGUCGUGAAAGGCUGACGAUAGUAAUUUGCAAUUACGAUAAGGACUAUUUAUGUUGUCCUUUAUUACAAACAAUUAUUAUUUACUUGAUGCUACGUUUGUGUUGAUAAUGAAGUGUUUUAUGUACAUUAUGUUCAAUAUCGAGAGGGAUAAAUGAGAUCGAAGAAAAGUGACAAGGAGCAAGUGCAGGAAACUUUUGAAACGGUGUGAAACACCUUCGUGAACAGUGGUCGACGAGAAAAUGCGGAGAACAAUAGUGCGAAGGUAAUAAGAGGUGUAUUGAACUGAUCUUGUUAUAUCGACCAAUCUCAGAACGCCCUAAGGCCUGAAGAAAGAACACUGAUGAGGACACGGGAGCGCAUGAAACAAGGCCAGCGAGUUCGCGAUGAAGAAUUUUGUUAUGUCAACAAGUCCUCUACAAGCCGUAUCUGUCCCUCGUACAGAUCAAGAUUGUAAAAUACUGAAAAAAAUACGUUGCAAACAUUCGAACAGACUAGAUAUCUGUGUGAGAUGGAUAGAUGUGGACGUAUGACGAAAACUAAAUAUUUAAUUUAUUAAAGUAAGCUGAAGCUGAAUUAGGAAGUUAAGUAAAUAAAUAAAAAGGUAAAAGCCGUUGUGAGAUACGCGGUAAAAGAAGCAAUGUGAAAGAACGAGAGAGAGCCCAGAUUUAGUGUAAAAGUUGAGAGGAGUAUACAAGAGAAACCGCUGGCAGGCAAUUUUACCAGAGACAAGGAAAGUUGUUGAAUAGAAAAACAUAGACAAAAUAUAUAUAUAUAUUCAAACAAAAAGACCACGGGACAAGACGGCGGUAGUAAAGCAAGAAAGCAAAUUACGCGUGGAUGUAGGAGUGGCGGGGAGAUACGAUGACGAAAAGUACUACUAGGCUAGUGCACUGUACAGAGUUGUUCCAUGAAAAGCUUGCCCUAUGUAGGGCUGAGUUGUUGUUAUGACUAUUAGAAAUUUGAUGAAAUAUUUAAAAUGCUAGAAAAAAACCUAUCCAAGAAAAAAAAUAAUAUUACUAACGUUAUUGAGUUUUCAUUUAGGUAUAGUGGUGCUGUUGAAGGGAAAGGCGAUAGCGCUGAAUGAAAAUAUUCUAAAUCGUACAGCAGGUCAAGUAAUGAGAAAUCUACAGAAUGAUAUACUCUGUUGAG